AUGCAUACCGUUACCCUUCUCAGCGCCGCCCUGGCUACCCUGGCCGCCUCGGUCGUGGCGUCGCCGACCCCCAACGCUGCCGCGCCGGAGCAGGUGGAGAUUAGAGAUUUCGUCGCCACCGUCGUCACGGACCUGAAGGAGUACACCACCACCUACGACGCCGAGUUCAAGAUUGACGGCCCCGUCGCCAAGGACCUCAAGUGCUACAUGAACGGCCAGAAGCUGGGCGGCCGGUUCGAGGUCAACCCCUGCGAAGGGUUUCAGUACAACUUCGGGCUCACCAACACCGUCGAUGAGCUGUUCUUCAUGGUCCGCAUGGGCUACAACAAGGGCUCCGGCGAGGAAUUCUCGGGCCAGGACAUGCUCCCCACGUCGAUGUGCGAGGAGGAGGCGCAGCCCAACAAGGACAUCUUUGUCAGGAAAUGCCGCCAGAACGGUCCCCUGACCGUGACCCUGGAUCCCAAGUAA